CUCUCAACAAUAAUGAUAUCGAAAUUAGUGCUCUGUGGUGUGAUCGCCGCCGUAGCAUCACUGCCCCAAAGUCCGUCUACCUCCUACGGGACUCCUAAUGUGGGAUCUGGAGGAGGAUUCGGUGGCAGCGGGUUUGGAGGUUCCUCGGGAAGUGGAGGUUUCGGAGGAGCUGGCAGUGGCUUCGGAGGAGCAGGCAGUGGUUUUGGGGGAGCUGGCAGUGGCUUCGGAGGAGCAGGCAGUGGUUUCGGAGGAGCAGGCAGUGGUUUUGGAGGAGCUGGUGCUGGUUUCGGUGGAGGAGCAGGAGCAGGCCUUGGAGGAGCUGGCAGUUUUGGAGGAGUAGGAAGCGGAUCAUUAGGAGGAGGGUCAUCUGGAGCGGGAUACACAGGGUCCUCAGGAGGAAGAGGUGCCGGAGCCUCUCAUCGUGGUUCAUCUGCAGGAGGAUUUGGAGGCUCAGUAGGAGCUUCAAGAGGCUCUGGUGGAAGCGGUUUCGGGGGCUCUUCAGGAACUAGUUUCGGGGGUUCAUCCCUUGGUGGAUUUAGAGGUUCAUCGGCAGGAUCUAGAGGAUCAUCUGGAGUAGGCUUUGGAGGCUCAUCCGCAGGAGGAUUCGGAGGCAGUGGCGCUGGAGGCGCUGGAGCUGGAAGGUACAGCGGGUCCUCUGGGCCUGUGAUUCCCAUCCUCAGGAACGAUCGCCAGGGACCCGAUGAGUUCGGAAACUACAACUUCAACUUUGAAACUGGCAAUGGCAUCAGUCGACAGGAACAGGGUGCCCCUCAGGGACCAACUGGCGCCGUGGCCUCUCAAGGAGCAUGGUCGUUUACUUUCCCUGACGGCACUCCAGCUAACUUCAAUUUCGUUGCUGACGAGAACGGUUACCGUGUGGAGUCCGACCUGCUGCCCACUCCCCCUCCCCUCCCCCCACACGCCAUCGCCCAGAUCGAGAAGGCUCGUCUGGAGGAUGCCGCCGCUGCUGCUUCCGGUGGGCGAGGUGGUUACAGUGGCCAGUCAGGUUCCGGUUCCGGACAGUUCUCAGGAUCUGGCCAAUCAGGCUUUGGUUCCGGACAGUUCUCAGGAUCUGGCCAGUCAGGCUUUGGUUCCAGUCAGUUCUCAGGAUCUGGCCAGUCAGGCUUUGGUUCGGGUCAGUUCUCAAGCGCUGGUCAAAGCGGCUUUGGUUCUGGUCAGUUCUCAGGUGCUGGCCAGUCAGGUUUUGGCUCUGGCCAGUUUUCAGGUGCUGGUUCUUCUCAAGCCCCAAGCAGGUCUUAUGGCUAUCCAUAAAAAUGAUUAAUCAUAGGAUUGGCUAAGCACUUAUUGCCUGAACUCUACAUGACAAGAAUGAUAUUGCCAAGAAUAAUUAUUCUAAUGAUACGUUGCUACCUGAAGAAUACACUGAAUUAUUAAAUAUCAGUUAUUAAAUAUGGACUUGUAUUUCAUUGUUACUUUCAAUUAUAUUUUGUUGUCUAAGACUUCCACGCAAUACUAAAUGAUACA